AUGCAAGAUAGAUCGACGCGGACGCGAAAAAAGAAAAAAUGUUGUCCAUGCUGUGUAGAUGGCAAUAACAGAAGAUUUGGGUAUAUUCCCGCAUUUAUAAUACUAAUAUUUAGUGUUAUUUAUCAUUUUUCUGGUCAAACAGACACCUAUGAAAACGCAUUAUGGGAAACAUUUACGCGCACACUUGAUCCAUGUGCCGCUGCAGACGAUGAAGGUGUAACACAUCGAAUUGUAUCUGGAAUUGUGAUACUUUGUGGACUUGUUAUUGUUGCAAUAUUAAUUGGUGCAAUAGUCACUUUUAUGGAAACGAAACUAGGCGAAUUAAGAAAAGGACGAACAACAGUUGUUGAAAACAAUCAUACAAUUAUUUUAGGAUGGUCACCAUUAAUAUUUGAUAUUAUUAAAGAAUUAGUUAUCGCUAAUGAAAGUCAACGUAAUCCAUCAGUUGUCAUUUUAGCCGAGAAAGAGCGUGAGGAAAUGCAAGAUAUAAUUAAAGAUAAAGUAAAUAAUUGCAAAAAUACAAGAAUUAUUUGUCGAAGUGGGAAUCCGAUGUUGGUAUGUAAAAAGCAAAUGCUUAUCUUAAAUUUGCAAUAGCUGCACUUUUCUCACACAACUGAAAUUUAAUUAAAAACAAAAUCAAAAUAAUAUAAAAAUGAGGAAUAGUUUUUACUUUUCUCGUCGCUGUACCUCCUUGUUUGGGUAUAUAGUUGUGAUCGUUUGGUGUAGUUCAAGCAACUUUGGCCCGAUUCGGGCAUUUUUCCUCACAGCUGGUAUUCUAACUCUGAUUUCUCAGGUGCACAUGCCAAAUUUGCUCUCAAUUCAAUGAUGUUUGCAACUAAUACCUUUCUAAACUGAAAUAGACGUCAGCGGAAAAAUUGUUUCAUCAAAACAAAACAGUCGUACAUGUCUUGAUGCAGUUCUCCGCGUAUAUUACUCAUUCAAUCUUACACUUUUUGGGAUAAAGAUGAACUGAAUUUUGACAUAAAAAAUCAGAAGUUAUUGAACACUCCGCAGCGAGGUACAACAGUAACAACGCAUGAUCUGUAUAUAUAGUAUGGGUAGAAUACAUUUGUGAAUCUCUUAGGACCAUUACAUCAGCAGGAAAGUGGUAAUUCAUUGCCCGCAGAUGGAAAAAGAUCUUGAAUCGCUUUCCAAUCUACUGGCAAAUUUCGUUGUAGUAGUUAAGUCAAUAUUUUUACCUUGUUACUUUGCUGCGGGUGCUGGAACGUCGACUUAGAUCUCGUUGGGACCCCCUCCAUUUUUUGGAUCCGGUGGCUCCGUUGGAGGUUUCACGGUAUAUUACGCUAUAUUCAGCUGUAGACAUCAAACACACUGCGUUCACUUUUCUUUCCUUUGAUCUUA